AUGUCUAAUUUGCAAAUUAGUGCUGCAGCAUAUAUAUAUAUUCAUUACGCAUUAAAAAAAAAAAGAAAACAAAGAAGAUGGUGGCAGACGCAACUUUUUAAAAGCAGAGAUGAACAUAGUGGAAACGUGUUAUUGAGUGAUUUAAAAUUUCAAGCUAUAAGUGGACAAUACAAAAAUUUUACUCGAAUGUCACCAACUGAUUUUGAAUACUUGAUUAAUUUAAUUGGACCGAAAAUUGCCAAACAGGAUACAUUCAUGCGAAAAUCAAUUACCGUUCAAGAGAGACUGUCUAUAACUUUACGCUUUUUGGCAACAGGCGAUCACUAUAGUAGUUUACAAUACCUUUUUAGAGUAUCCAAACAAGCAAUCAGUCAAAUAAUUCCAGAAGUCUGUAGAGCUCUAAUUGAAGCACUGAAAUACAAUAUACAGAUACCAUCCACAGAAGAAGGUUGGUUUGAUAUUGAACGACAGUUUGAAGAAAAUUGGAACUUCCCUCAUUGCUUAGGCUCAUUAGAUGGCAAACACAUUGUUAUUCAAGCACCCAUUAAUAGCGGCAGUGAAUUUUUCAAUUAUAAAAAUUCAUUUAGCAUUGUGCUUUUUGCUUUAGUCGACGCAAGUUAUAAUUUUUUGUUCGUCGAUAUAGGGUGUCAGGGAAGAAUUUCCGAUGGCGGUGUUUUUAAAAACUCUACUUUGUACAAAAAACUCGAAAAUAAACAGCUGCGAUUUCCUAAACCAGAACCUUUACCUAAUAGACAAAAAGAAAUUAGUUUUUUUUUUAUUGGGGAUGAUGCGUUUGCUUUAAACGAAAACCUGAUGAAAGUAUUUUCUGGAGUUUAUCCAAAAGGUUCUCUCCAAAGAAUAUUUAACUACAGGCUAUCGAGAGCAAGAAGGGUUGUAGAGAACGCUUUUGGAAUCAGCUCAUCGAUUUUUCGUGUACUUCGAAAACCGAUUCUUUUGGAGCCAGAAAAUACUCAAAUUAUUGUAAAAACAGUUGCACAUCUUCAUAAUUUUUUAAGAAGGAAUACAACUUCUUCAAAUAUUUACUCACCGCAUGGAAGUAUGGACUAUUAUGUAAACGGCGAGUUGGUAUAUGGUUCAUGGAGAAAUGAUGACUAUGAAAAUAGAACCUCAUUACUGGAUUUAAGAAACGUUGCUCGUCGAUCGCCUUUAGUAGCGAAAGAAAUUCGUGAAGAAUUAGCUGACUAUUUCCUAAAUGAAGGACAAGUUUCCUGGCAAAAUGACUACAAUUAA